GUUUCUGAAUUUGUUAGACCUUCCUGCAUCUGUAGGGCGUUUUCCCAGAUAAAGAGCUGCCAAACCUGCACAUUCACAAAUCAGAAUAAGAGUUUACGUCUACUGAAGCAGAUAAGAACUAUUUUCAGCAUGACAUCUGCGAAAAAAGCCUUUGAUCGUUUACCAAACACUGUCGUUCCGUCGAAUUAUCAGAUCAGACUGCAUCCGAAUUUGACAGCUUUUACAUUUGACGGAACAGAAGAAAUUUCAGUUGAGGUGAAAAAUGCAACAGACACAAUUAUUGUCAAUUCUGCUGAUAUUGCUGUUCAAGAAGUGACAUUCAGCGUUAAAGGAAAAACAGACAAAGUUACUGGAAAUGUUAGUUUUGAUGUUGAUAAUGAAAAAGCUUCAUUCAAAUUUCCUGUUCCAUUACCAAUUGGAGAAGGAGUAUUGAGUAUUAAGUUUACUGGAGAACUGAAUGAUAAAAUGAAAGGUUUCUACAGAAGUUCCUAUACAUCACCAGAUGGACAAGAAACACAUGCUGCUGUUACACAAUUUGAGGUUGCUGCUGUCACUAUGUUUUGUGCAACUGAUGCUAGAAGAGCUUUCCCAUGUUGGGAUGAACCAGCUAUCAAGGCCACAUUUGAUAUCACAUUGGUGGUACCUAAAGAUAAAAUAGCUUUAUCCAAUAUGCCAAUCAUACAUGGAAAUCCAUUAAAAGAUAACGCAGAUCUAAUAGAAGUAAAAUAUGCUACCACACCUAUCAUGUCGACCUAUUUACUAGCAUUUAUUGUGGGAGAUUAUGAUUUUGUGGAAGGCAAGGAUAAAGAUGGAGUAUUAGUUAGAGUUUACACACCAGUUGGAAAGAAGGAACAAGGACAGUUUGCUUUAGAGGUUGCUGUAAAGACAUUACCAUUCUACAAAAACUAUUUUGGCAUUGCUUAUCCUCUUCCUAAAAUAGACCUAAUAGCUAUUGCUGACUUUUCUGCAGGUGCCAUGGAGAAUUGGGGUUUAGUGACUUACAGAGAAACAGCUUUAUUAGUUGACCCCAAAAAUACAUCAGCUCAUGUAAGACAAUGGGUAGCUCUAGUGGUUGGACAUGAAUUAGCUCAUCAGUGGUUUGGUAAUCUUGUUACUAUGGAAUGGUGGACUCAUCUGUGGUUAAAUGAGGGUUUUGCAUCUUGGAUUGAGUAUUUGUGUGUAGAUCAUUGUUUCCCAGAAUAUGAUAUAUGGACACAAUUUGUAAAUCAAGACAUGGGACGAGCUCUAGAGCUGGAUGCUUUGCAUAAUAGUCAUCCUAUUGAGGUACCUGUUGGUCACCCAUCAGAAGUAGAUGAGAUAUUUGAUGCUAUUUCCUAUAGUAAAGGUGCCUCAGUAAUUAGAAUGCUACAUGAUUAUAUUGGAGAUGAGCAUUUCCGAAAAGGAAUGAAUCAUUACCUGACAAAACAUGCCUAUAAAAAUACCUUCACUGAAGAUUUAUGGGCAUCUCUAGAAGAAGCUAGUCAGAAACCAGUAGGUGAGAUGAUGACUACCUGGACCAAACAAAUGGGUUUCCCAGUUAUUAAGGUAGAAGAGAAACAAGAAGGAACAAUUAGAACUGUGACUAUAUCUCAGUCUAAAUUCUGUGCUGAUGGUAUUCUACCUAAAGGUGAUAAGUCACUGUGGAUGGUACCAGUUAGUAUUUGUACCUCAAAUAGUCCAGCUAAACCAGUACAAACUGUUGUUCUUAAAGAAGCCAGUUCCACAAUAACCCUGAAUAACAUAAAACCAGAAGAUUGGAUCAAGGUUAACAGUGGUAGUGUAGGUGUUUAUAGGGUACAGUAUUCAUCAGAAGCUUUAGAUAGACUUAUACCAGCUAUUAAAGAUAAAACAUUACCACCAAGAGAUAGACUAGGACUGGAGUCUGAUUUAUUUGCUUUAGCGCGAGCUGGUAUGAUAUCAACAGUAGAUGUAUUAAAGGUAGCUCAAGCCUAUAUUAAUGAAGAUAACUAUACAGUUUGGAGUGAUUUAUCUACAAAUCUAUCAUCUAUAGCUAUAUUACUACAAUACACUGACAGUUAUCCACAAUUCCAAACUUUCAUCAGAGAUCUUUUCAGACCUAUCUCACAAAAAGUUGGUUGGGAUACAAAACAAAAUGAAAGUCCAUUGAUAGCUAUGUUACGAGAUUUAGCCAUAACUAAAAUGGGUAGAAAUGGAGAUAAAGAAAUACUAAAAGAAGCUACCAAAAGAUUUGAAGAUCAUGUUAAUGGGACCAAAGUUUUACCAGCUGACCUAAGAAAACCAGUGUAUAUAACAGUCUUAUCUAGUGCUAAUGAAGAAACGUUUAACAAAAUGCUUCAGGUAUAUGAAGAAGCUGAUAUGCAAGAAGAGAAAGUAAGAAUCAGUAGAUCAUUGGGUUCUGUUAGAGAUGAAGAAUUGAUCAAGAAGGUUCUGGAUUUCUCUUUAUCUGAAAAAGUCCGAUCUCAAGAUUCAGUAUUUGUACUGGCCAGCGUGACAGGCACUGUCAGGGGCAGACAAUUAGCAUGGAAGUUUGUUCAAGAUAAAUGGAGUGAAUUACAUGAUAGAUAUAAAGGUGGUUUCUUAUUGUCUAGACUUGUGAAGUCAACGACAGAAAAUUUUGUUACAGAAGAAGAUGCAAAAAAUGUUGAAGAAUUUUUUAAAGCCAAUCCAGCCCCAGCAGCAGAAAGAACAGUGCAACAGUCAUGUGAAAAUGUUAGACUGAAUGCAAGAUGUUUAGAAAGAGAUGGGAAAGCUCUAGAAAACUGGCUGAAAUCGAAGAAAUAAACUGUUUUAAUAGACAAAAUGAUUUAAGCUCUUCUCUCCAAAUAUUAUAAAGUGCUACCAAUGUAUCAAUAUACUAUGAUCAAUUUAUUAUUAUUUGAAUCAUUUGUUAAAUUUUCACUUUUUUUUUUAUUUUAAAUUCCACAUGUUUCCUUUAUCAAAGUCAUUUACUUGUGACACGGAACCUCUUGUAGUAUUUAUAUAACAUUCCACACUACUGAAUGAAACAGUCAGCUUUUCACUUUUUGAACCUCAUCAAUUGUAUCGUACAAUUUGGAAAUACAUUUGUUUUUAUCACCAUGAGUUAAAAGCGUUAAACAACUUUAUCUAGACAAGGAGUUUUAAGUGAUACUAUCUCUUUCUUUUGAAUUAAAAACAUGUUAUAUGUGGUUUAAUAUUAAACGGGCUAAAGGUCAAAGUAUGGUUUUGUUAUUUGUUGUGUAGUUUGCUUACUAUAUAUUGGUACUUUGCUUAUAUGUUAUACUUCGAAAUUUCAAUACAUGAAUUUAUUUUUGUUAAAUUGAUCAGCACAAUUCAUGAAUAACUUUUCUUUAUGACUAGUCAUUUAUUUGUGUUAUUUGUCCUCUUUAUCAUGCCUAAUUUAUUUCUCCUAUCUGUUAAAGGAAGUAUAAAAUUCUAUAACAUCCAUCAAGUGGGUUUGCAAUACAAAAAAAUAAAGAAAGUACAAAGUGAA